GAGCUAACCACCUGCCGGGGAAAGGACAGGUGCUACCAAGACCGAGGGAAGAAAACCCCGCGAGGAAGCCACGAGAAAGCUCGAUGUGCAGAGCAGGAUGAAGCCAACCGUUCGCCCGCUGGACAAAUGUCUCCGACGCCCAGGAGCACUCGCGCUCGUCGUCGCUGGACUGCUGUGUCUCCAGAUUGCCACCAGCGAUGGUACACCGCUAGAUGACGGAAAUGCAGGUGGUGGAAGCGCCAGCAGUGAAACGCUCACCGAGCUCACCGCGUGUCAACACCUACGCCGGGCCGAGUCCCGACGCGCCAAGUCCCUCGGGGACAGCCUGCUGCAGACGGUGCGAAUUCCGCGCUGUACGGCACUUGGGGAGUUCGAGCCGGUCCAAUGUUCGAACGAGCUGAACGGAACCGAAUGCUGGUGUGUAGACGAGUACGGCGUGGAGCUGAUGGGCAGCCGGCGCAGCCAUGCGGACGACGUCAACUGUACGCGCGUGGAGAACCACUGCCAGGCGUCGAGCUGCCGCAUGUUCUGUCCAGCCGGGUUUGCACGCGAGCCCACGUCUGGCUGCCCGGUGUGCCGUUGCCGGGAUCCCUGCGAGGACGUCCAGUGUCCCCGUGGUCAACAGUGUGAACCGCAAGAAGUCCACUGUAAGACCGAACCCUGUCCACCGGUACCUACUUGUCGUAAGGCGCGCAGCUUAACCGAUCUUUGCCCGGCUGGACAGCCGUUAGCGAUCACUGGCACGGUACGGCCGUUCCUGUGCGGCAACGAUCCUGGCAAACCGUCCUGUCCUCCGCUGUACCGAUGCCUGGUUCAGGGUGGCAACGAUUACGGUGUGUGCUGUCCGGCGUCGCUCCAGCUCGAGAAACCGGGCAGCUGUCCGCGCCCGAACGAGAUCGAAUCGACGGCAAACACCGGCUUUCUGUGCGGAACACCCUGCAGCCACGAUCUAGAAUGUGCCCAGCUGCAAAAGUGUUGCCAAUCGGAUGGUUGUGGCCGACAUUGCCAGCAACCGCACAACGUGACCCUAUGCCACCAGGCACGCGUCCUCUCGGAACUCCUAUCGGUGAACGAACGCGAAGGCCGAGGAUACGUGCCACAGUGCGAUGGACCCGGUGGGUCCUUCUCGGCACGUCAGUGCUCACGGAACGGGCUCGUGUGCUGGUGCGUGGAUCCACGCACUGGACACAAAGUGCGCGGUUCGAUGGGAGCUGCCGGAACAGUGCACUGUGACGACGUGGAACUGGCCGCAGGUCGUACGGCGGCUAGUGGCCGAAGCGUGGACGGACCGGGAGCACUGUGCGACCAGAAUAUCUGUGCGGCCGUAUGUGAGUACGGCUUCCGAAACGAUCAUGCCGGAUGUCCGACGUGCGAGUGUUCGGAACCGUGCGAAGGAUACACCUGCCCGGCUGGGUCACACUGCGAGGUGGCCAAGGAUCCGGCCUGUGCCGCUUAUCCAUCCGGGCUGUGCUCUUCUGAGCCUGUCUGUAAACCCGAUUUGGUGUACUCGAAUCCUUGUGAGGUUGGCACGCCUCUCGCGGACAACACCACCGGUGAGCUGCUCUUCUGCCAUCUAGAUCGGCCCAAGAGUCGCGAGUAUCAGAGCCGCAGUUUCUUCGAUGACGAACAGGACGACCAGGACGCGAGUGGUCGUUCACUAUCCAGUCCUCCCAUCGCGUGCCCGCUGGAGACGCACGAGUGCCGCAAGCUACACGGGGAACCUCGUGGAGUGUGCUGCCCCCUGGCCAACGAUCCAGAUCCGGACGCGCCAGAUGACGGUGUAGACGAACGCCAACAAACCAUGUGCGAGUACCUGCGGGACUUCUCGGACCGCAUGGAGGGCACGGUGGAGGGCAUGGAGUUGGCAUUGCCCCCUCCAGGUUGCAGUGCCGACGGUGGUUACCAAGCGGUGCAGUGCGCCGCCCGCAAAGCCAAGGUAAAGCUGUCCGAACAACGCAAAUACAUCGAACAGAACAGCAUCCGGCGUAUGCGGAAGCUGCUCGAAGACGUCGUCUCACAGGCACCAACGACGACGGCAACGCCGACAGAACCGAGAAGGGCUCGUCGGGCUGCUGAGGCCACCCUGAAGCUGCUACCCGUAGGUGACUCGCCGAUGGAAGCACAGACAAUGGCCCGUUCGGCCAAGAUCAUCGACUUCAACCGGCUCGAAUCGAAACACGCCAGUGCAAACCUCGACAAGCCACCGGUGAAGCCAUCGGCACUGUUAAAGCGGCCAGCACCCUCCCAGGAACCCCUGGUGGAGGUCGAAAUCGAGGAGUGCUGGUGCGUGGAUGGAUUCGGAACCGAAAUCCCACGAACCCGCGGUGCGAAUGCAACCGCCCGGUCCUGUGAGGUGAUGCGCGAGUCCCUUGGCUGUCUCGAUCUAACCUGCCGGAUGGGCUGUGAUUAUGGGUUCGUACUGGACCCGGUUACGCAGUGUCCGUCCUGUGAAUGCCGUGACCCAUGCGACGCCGUCGGUUGUCCCGAAGGACAGGAAUGCCGCUCGGUGGAGGUAUCGUGCGAGGGCGAAUAUUGUCCACCAGUGCCGGCAUGCUUCCCGAAGAAACCAGGCCAAUGUCCGUUCCUGGUACCGCCAGGAUCCGAUCACGCCGACUCGUCAGACUCCUGCGAGUACGAAUGUCGCACUGACGCCCAUUGUGACGGUCCGAAGCGGUGCUGCUCGAACGGUUGUGGUACGCAGUGUGUCGAACCGCAACUCAAGACCGCUUGCCAACAUCUGCAGACGAUUCAGCUGCACCAGGCGGCUGAGUUGGGCGUACCGGCUAAGCAGAAGUACAUUGCACAGUGUGACCCCGAUGGUAGCUUCCGCACGGUCCAAUGUGGACCGGGUGGAGCUUGCUGGUGUGUGGAUGAGUUCGGUAAUGAGAAGGCGGGCACGCAGACCGGGGAAGGCCCACCCAAUUGUGCCCUGCAUCCAGGUCAGUCCGAGUGUCCUGCGCUUAAGUGCGCGCGUCCGUGCGAGUACGGCUUCCGGAUCGAUGCGACCGGAUGCAAAACCUGCGAGUGCCGAGAUCCGUGUGGUGAGAUCUCGUGUCCUCGUGGUGAGGACUGCCAGCUCAUACAGGUCGAGUGCAUCUCGGUGCCGUGUCCAAAGAUGCCAAUCUGCGUGCCAAUCCGCGAAUCCGUCUGCCCUGAAGGCCUACCGUUGAGGUCUAGUGGACGGGAGAUCGUUUGUGGCCCACAAACGGAUGCGGACACCUGUCCUUCGACGCACAUCUGCCAGCUGGAUCCGAUCAGCAACCGAGGAUCGUGCUGCGGCAAGACAAGGGACGUCUGCUUUGAGUCAAUCGACCAGAAUUGCCUACAAGCAUCCGAGCGCGCUGGUGAGAGCGACGAGCUGGACAGUAUCACUCGGUGGCGGUUUAGUCCGCGUGCGAACAAGUGCGUCCCGGUAACGUUACCUCGGGGCGUGUUCUGUCAAUCGAAGAACCUGUUCCACAGCGAGCAGGCCUGCAACGGGGUCUGUCCGGUGUUGUCCCAGUGUGAACGGCUUCGUCUGAAGAACGCAAUGGCCGCGAAACGGGCUGGACAACCGAACACCUGGUUCCAGCCACGGUGUGACCCCGAGACGGGCUUCUGGAGUCCGGUGCAGUGUCUCGGAACGCUACCGGCCGGUGCAAAUGGGACAGCUUCUGGUGGUCCCACCGAACAAGCCGUCGGGGUGUGUUGGUGUGCGGACAAGAAGGGCGCCCCGGUUAAGGGAUCGCUGACGAAAGGCUCCGAACCGAAGUGUAGCAGUCGGCAAGCACGUCGUCGCGGAGAUUCGGCCGAAUCGACGUCCUCUAGUGAUCCGGUGAUGGAGGAGCUGAUCCGCCAGAUCACGUUCCUGGUGGACGAGAACAACUACCUGGUCGACGAGGAACUGCUGGAGCCCGUCCAACCGGUGUCGUUGGCAAGCACCCACUACGCGGCUGAACCCCGUUACAUCGGUUCCGUCUCGUCCGCGACGGAGAAGGUGAUCGAGCUGGCACGCACGGCCGAGGCUCGCAACUUCAUCAACAGCGACAGCAGUGGCCCCGGACCGGUGCCAGCGCGGCGUCUUAGUGCCUCAGUCACACGCUGCCAGGCGCUACAACUAGCGGCUUCCUUCCCGGUGGGUUGCGAUACGACGACCGGAUCCUUCGAACCGAUGCAAUGCAACGGUGACACGUGUUGGUGCGUGGACGCAGCCGGUAACCAGUUGCCGCUUUCAAGCACCUUCCGGCGUGGCCAGCGCACCUGCUUGGAUACGCCGAUCGACGUGGUCGAGAUCGAGUUACGGCUCCACAACGCCCAACCGGCCCGACCGCUCGUGCACGUGUACGAGACCCUGCGCACCGAACUGUCCGCCUUGGUUGGUGCCAUCUACGAUAACUACCGGGUGCAGGAGAACGCUGACGGUAGUGUCACGCUGCGGUUUGAUCUGAUCGACGGCACCAAGGUGGAUGACGCGUUCGCGAUCGAGGAAAUGGUCCGGGAUGGCACGUUCGCACUAUACCGCGGGCAGCUCGUCGCUGACAUGACGCAGUCCCGGUUUGCGCACCGCAUCUCGGUCGGGUUGCCGCUAGCUCAGCCAUCAUCCGGCAUCCCGGAGAACACCUUCCAGACGAUCGUGUUCGUGCUGGCGACAGCGUCCGCCUUCCUGGUGGCCAUCUUUGUCGUGUUCGUGAUGCUGAAGCGUGGUCGCACGACAAAGGCGAAGCACUACGCGGGAGGAGAGAAGAUCUUCGCGAUCGGCGCCGACAAGUACGUCGACUACAGCUCGCCCAUCUUUGUGCUGAGCGCGAACGAAAGCAAAUCGAUCCAGCACCAGCAGCAGAUGGGCGGGUCCAAUUAAGCCGCGAUAUUUUGGUGCUCCAGAAAGCGCAAACUGCAACAGAGCCGAUUUCGAUUUCAAGCUGGAGGCGAAGUUGCCACCAGCGCGCCCUCUGUCGAGCACGUAUUUAAAUUCUGAGCACUCUUUCGAGCUUCGAACUCUUCUGACGAGGUUUCAAAUGCUUCCCUACCGAUCCCUACCCAAGGUUUGCCGAAUGGUUUCCACAGCGAGCCGUUGUUGUGUUGAUUUUACAUUGUACAUAUUGUGGAUUGUUCUCGUCUUUCGCUGUCUUUCGAGUGGCGAUGUUAGGCUGCCUAGGAUCGUCCUGUCGCUAGCCCGCUCAAUGAUCACCGACCACCGUCUUUUGUGGAGCGGGCCGUUUUAAUAUGGUUUGCAUUGGCAGUUUUUACGACGCUUCUCCUCCUUAAUGUGUGACCGUGUUUUUCCUCCCUCUUUCUUGGUGAGGAGUUGCGUCCUAAGAAGAUGUGGCGUUUGUUUUAAAGGAUUUUCCCCGUGGAGCGUGUAAAUAAAUCGCGUAAUGAAACCAAUUAAAAAACGCACUGUUUCAACGCAGAGUUCUGCUCGUCAAUGCGCAUCUAGCUCGCGCAUUCAAUCGUACCAAACGUCGGUUGGAGAAAGGUUAAGACAGGGGGAAAAUUG